AUGAAGGUGCAUCUUCUUGAGGACUUUCCCUCACACAUUCAUCCUCUACACGUGCUUAUCAACAAACCGCAAUUCACUCAAAAGUUCCCAAACCACACUGGACCCACAUACGUGUUGUUACUGUCCCUGAUGGACUCGCAGUCCCCCUCUAAUCGGGGUUUUUUGGUGUGCGCGCACGCAACUCCGCAGGAAGAGACCGAUGUAAACAUUCCCACGUGCGUCGCUGUUUACGCGAGCAGAUCUUUCCUCAAACACUACAGCCUGAAGGAGCACUCACCGGGAACGCUUCGUCCACAGUCUCUGCUGCCGUUAAAGAGGAUUGUGAUUGGCGCUCAGACCAAGCAGAGCUUUAAAUGGGCUUCUUCAGAGAAGUUCUCCAAUGCUCUGCUGAUCCUGGCCUCCUGUCACGGACAGACUCUGCUGGCGAGGCAAGGCGAUGCUCUGCUCUUACCCUACCAUCAUUUACUGGGUGAAGAAGCCGCACAGGUGCAGCAGCAGCUGUCAGAGGUGAUGGUGCUGGAGUGCACACCUGUCAGCCAGGGCACGAUAACAGUGGACACCAGUAUGGUGCUCUCCGACUGCAGAGAUCUGGAGCUUAGCAGCACCAGCAUCAUGCUAGCGUCCUCUCUCUUUGUCUCUGAUUUCGCCCAGUAUGCGAACAGUUUGAGUUCUGGCGGCUCUUUGCUGAACAGUAGAGUGCUGGACUUCAGUGCUUUCUCGCAGGCUCUUGAAUGCAGACUCGGUGUGCGCGUGCUAGACGCCUCAGACCUCCACAAACCUGGAGGAAUACUGUCUAGGCUCGAGCGUGAUGAAGGACAUGACGCUGACAGCACUGUUUUUGUGAACAAGAGCUUGUUGCUGAAGCUGGGUGUGUUUAACGGGGAGUGGGUCAUUGCGUCCGUCCCAGCAGAGAAGGUGAAGAAGAGUCCCGUCUGUGAGACUCCCUGUAAGAGACAGGGACGCGUUCAUCUGGUUGCACUCAGAGCGUUUGACACAGUUAGGCACCAAGACACGGAUGGGAAUGACUCUAAUGUGGGCUUGAUUUCACCUGUUCUGUGGUUUAACCUGUCAGACGGGAUGGCAGUGCCUGUUGGAAACAAGACCAUAAAGAUUAAGAGGUGGAAUAAGGCAUCGUCUGAGGCCGGGUCUCAGAUCUCUGUGAGCGCGUGUCGAUGUGCAGCGCCGCCGUUUGCUAAAGAGCUGCACAUUGAAGCCGUCAUAUCUCCACACUACAGCUCUCAUGGGCCCUUCGACAGCAUCCUCUACAAACACUUCAGCUCACCCAGGCUUGUUCAGCCGGGGAGUAUAUUGGAAAUCCCAUCUGAAGGGCAUCCCGAUCUAAUAGAGAACAGCUCUGAAGGAAUCCUCAGGUGGCCUGUGCUGUAUUUCAGAGUGAAACAGGUGUGUGGUUUCUCUGCUGAGGUGGAUGAGGUUUCUUCAUAUCUGGCUGACUCCAGUCACACUUCACUGUACAUGGGAGGCUCCGCCCACAGCUGGUCUCCCUGCUCUGUUCUGCCGAAGGGUUGGUCUUUCUGGACGAGUCUCUGUCCUCCGAGUCUGUCCAGCACUGUGGAGCAACUGCUCACUAUCAUCCAACCUCACUUCUGUGAAGGCUCUCUAACAUUAAAAAGAGUCUGUUCGGUUCUUCUGAUGGGUCCGGAUGGCAGUGGUAAAGUUACCGCAGUAAGAGCAGCUAGCAGGAGGCUACAUCUGCAUCUGAUCAAGGUGAGCUUGUGGUGGUGGGGUCUGAGCAGCCCGCGGGAGCUGUCCUCAGAUGCGAUGGCAGCGUUUGUGCACCAGGUGGCGCUAGAGAGUCUGUCCGAGGAGCAGCGCAGGACGAUGCUCUCCAGUCUCAGUGAGGACCUGCUGUUGGGAAAAGACGUCAAUCUUCGCAAGAUUGCCAAACAGACAGCUGGUUUUGUUUUAGGAGAUCUUUGCGCACUCCUUACCAACGCUGGGAACGCCGCUCACAGACGACUUCUGCAGACGUAUUUUUCAGAAGCGACGAGUGAACAGGAAGAGGAGGAUCUGUGUGUCUCUGGGAUGAGCGUCACGUCUGAGGACUUCAGCGUGGCUCUGGAUAUUCUACAGGAGGCGCAUUCACAAGCCAUCGGAGCGCCACAAGUUUUGCCAUGUUUUAUUAUUAGGGUUGUGUCGCCGCUUUUAGCAGAGCUGGAUGGUCUUCAUUCAUCUGGAGACGUCUUUGUGAUCGGAGCAACUAAUCGCACAGAUCUACUGGACCAAUCAUUGCUCAGGCCUGGCAGAUUUGAUAAGUUGGUGUAUGUGGGUGUGAAUGAAGACCGAGAGUCUCAGCUACAGGUUCUGAAGGCGAUCUUGCGCAGGUUUAAGGUGGAUCCCAGCGUGUAUCUGUCGGAGGUCGUGGAGUCCUUUCCUCCUCAGCUGACCGGAGCCGAUCUCUACGCGCUCUGCUCGGACGCCAUGAUAUGCGCCAUCAAGAGGAAGAUUUCACGAAUCACUGAAGGUGUGGAUUCAGAGGCCAGCGCUCUGACUCUGUGUUCAGAAGACUUCAGACAGGCUCUGGCAGGCCUUCAGCCGUCCGUCUCUGAGCAGCAGCUCAACAGAUACAAGCUCAUCCAGCAGAAAUUCACCGCAAAAUAGCAUCCCAAACACUCGCCCAUCUGAAAUCACGUAACUUCUGAAGUGUCCUAACCGGACCCGGUGUGAUAGAGCUACUCUCAUUGGCCCAUAUAACUAAAUAUAUUUAAUGUCAAAUAUCAUCUGACUGGCUGUGAUUGUGUCAUGUUUGAGCACAGACGGAUCGAACAACACAAGAAACGUGUUGCUUCACAUCUGGUUAGGACCUGCUCAUGUUUACUUUCUUAUCCCGCAAGAUCUCUUUGCAUCUUCCUUAAUGGGUUUCAUAUUUAAUGCCUGAAUGGAAAUCAGUCAGACUGAAGAAAACUAAUGAGAAACUAGAAAUGAGAUUAAAUAUAAUGAAAACUGAUUUCUAACUAGCACUGCAAAAACUACAACUAAAGAUAAACUUCAGCUAGACUCUGUGUGUGUGUUUGUGUGUGUGUGUGUGUGUGUGAUGAAGGGCACUUAAUUACAGUGUUUUUCAUAAAUGUGAAGUGAAAUUAGUCUUAUACAAUAGAAAAAUUCCCAUAAAUCAUCCUCAGGGCUUUGAUUUUUACAUAUUGGCACACGUUGGUCACACUUUAUAUUAAGUGCUUAGUUUUGGAUAAUUUAAUUCAUAAUUAAUUUGCUAUGCAAAUGUUAUAAAGAGCUGAUGUCAGUGGUUUGAUUUAUGCCUGUAUAUUUUUAGAAAUGUUAAUAUUUUUUCUGUUUUAUAACUGUGCAAUUACUACUUCAUUACUAUGUUAUUACUACAUAUAUGUAACAAAGGACAAAUGGGACAACUUAAUAUAAAGUGUUACCUUGUUUAUUCAAAGAAUUACUGAAAAGAAUCUUAAAAUGCAAUGAAAUUAAAUGUAUGUGAUUCUUCAAACAAAUCUGUGUGUCUGCUUUGACAUAGUAGCUAGAGAUAGAAGACAAUAUGAACACAAAAGACAGAAUUGUUCAAAAAAGAAAAUGGGUUUCAAUCUGUGCAAGCGUAUGUUUUGACUCAUUGUGCUGUAGCUUGUUGGGUGAAUCUCUCGAAAAAUGUGAAGAGUCAUAUUUCACCUCAAAAUCAGAUGAAACAAGACACAAG